AUGGCAGUACCUCGAGUGGUGCCUCGAAUAACGACCAACAGCCUCCCUCUACCUACCCGAUUAAUCCAGCCAUCACGUAUACGAUCCUACGUUCUACGUCUCCCUCUCUUCACCCGCCUCAUCCUCGUCGCUAUUGUGGCGUUCUGGAUACUCGAACUGCAAACCGUCUGGAGCGUGAUAAAAUGGGGUUCACUGGAACCCAAAGAAAUCAAUCUGGGGAGCAUGUACAGGCUGAACACCUUUGUCUUGAUACACACGGGGUUCUGGCACAUGUUGAUCAAUACCAUCUGCCUGAUGCCUCUGCUCGAGAGGUUCGAAGCUGAAUUUGGCACGCUGAACAGCAUUGCGUUAUUCAUGGGUCCGUUGGGCCAGAUACCUGCGGUUUUAUAUUUGAUAAUGGACGGCGUUAUCCUCAGAGACAAUACGCCAGUUCUCGGAUCAAGUAUAUGGGUGUUCCUUCUUCUUGCGGCCGAGGCCAUCAAAACAUAUCGGGCAAAUCCAUAUCUUGAGAUCGGAGACCAAAAGAUACCAACUUGGAUAUCACCACUAGUGAUACUGGUCGUGACGUCUAUCCUGAUUCCCAGCGCUUCCUUCCUUGGACAUCUCAGUGGAUGUAUAACGGGAUAUCUGUGGGGCUUGGGCUAUAUUCGUUUCCUCGCACCUCCGGAGAAAGUCCUUCGCUGGAUCGAAGGCAAACUCAAUCUACUUGGACGACUACCGCACUAUGUGUCUGUGGACCAGAAGACUUAUGGUCGAUAUGGCGUUCUCCCCACAAGUUCAACCAGCGGACCAGAUGGCCAUAUGAGCCCUAUCGGACUCGGAAACCUCGCCUCAAGUCUCCGCAAGGACGACCCCCGACUGCUGCGAAUCCCACCGUAUUUGUCCCUGCUGUGCAUGAUCGUCGGCAUUGCAUGGAUCCUGCCCUUGCCUUUACAGGAAUACUCUCGACAGACAUACAUCUCAGAAAAUGCCCUCCUUCCCGGCCAGGUCCACACUUACUUCGGCGGUAGCGAACAAAACGUUUUCCGCGCAUAUCGACACGAGUUGGCUACGAUUCUGGAGGGUGGUGUGAAGGCUGCUGGCAACGAGACCUUGGACAAAUCAGAACAGAGAGCUUGGGAGGCUCGUACCAGUGAAAAGAUAGGAGAGCUCUUCCGAAACGCGGGCCUGAAGACUGCAAAGCAACGGUAUUCUUAUACGUCGUCUGGCCAGUCUUACGACGGAGAGAAUGUCUAUGCCGUUCUGCACGCGCCGCGCGGUGACGGAACCGAAGCAAUUGUGCUUGUUGCGCCGCUCCGAAACAUCGAUGGUGUCCCCAACGUGAAUGGUGUGCCGCUGUUGAUUUCUCUGUCGCGGUAUUUCAAACGAUGGUCACUGUGGUCCAAGGACAUCAUAUUCCUGGUCACACCGGACAGUACCACAGGGCCUCAAGCCUGGAUCGAUGCGUAUCAUUCUACCCAUGAUCCAUACAACGUGGAAGACCUGUCGCUAAAGUCUGGUGCACUUCAGGCUGCUGUCUGUAUCGACUAUCCUUUCGAACAUCGCUUCGAGACCCUUCAUAUUGCAUACGACGGCAUUAACGGCGCUCUACCCAACCUCGAUCUUUUCAAUACCGCUGUAUCUAUCGCAUCGGGGCAGAUGGGAAUUGGAACCUCUAUACAAUUUCAACACACCUACAGCAAUCAUGAGCAGUACAACUCGUACCCUGUCCGCCUCCAAACUCUCGUCCGCGGAAUGUCAACACAGGCCCUCGGCCAUGCAACUGGUCCCCAUUCUACCUUUAUGACGUAUCAUAUUGAUGCUAUCACCUUGACAGCGACGAAUGAGGGUUGGCAGGACGAGAUGGCGUUUGGGAGGACCAUCGAAAGUAUUUGCCGAAGUCUCAACAAUCUACUUGAGAAACUGCACCAGAGCUUCUUCUUCUACUUGCUGAUGCAGUCAAAUCGAUUCGUCAGCAUCGGAACGUAUUUGCCAGGUGCGAUGAUCAUGGCGGCCGCUUAUACGAUUAUGGCAAUCUACCUUUGGGUAUUGAGUGGCUAUCAAGUUGCUGAGAAAGAAGCAGAGCCGGUGGCCGGCAAGUUGGAAAAUGGGACAACAGAGAAGACAGGUGUUUCGGAACCACGAGUAUCAGUGGCGAAGGGGUCCCAGCCCAAAAUCGAAUUCAAACCAGUGGACCGACAACUCGUCCUACCAAUCGCUCUCCUAACAGCGAUACACCUGGCGUCUCUUCUCCCACUAUACCUCCUUACUUCGCUGAGCCUCAAAGCCAUACCCUCAACAUUUUUUCUCAUGACGGUUGCUCUGGUUGUGCUCCCUAUCGUUCUAGCAUCAGCGCUUGCUGAAAUGCCCAACAACACCACCUUACCUACCUUUUCCGCGCCUACCAACGAGCAGUACGUUCUAACCAAAUCACUAAGCCUUUUAUUGCUUGGGCUGUCUUUGACGGUCCUCGCAACCCUGAACUUCAGCCUCAGCAUGUUUCUGGGUAUUGUUUGCAUCCCACUGGCCUUUGUGGACAGAACUCGCUCCAGGGCAGGACUGUCACUUUUCCAGUACUUGAUACUUGUUGUCAUGAGUCCUAUGGGACUGGCAAUUGGAUUGAGCGCGUAUGGUGUCUUUGUGCUGGGACGAGAUGAUGUUCUUGUCGAGUGGGUACAGCGGCUCGCCCUGGGUUGGAACAUCUGGGGCAGUUGGGGGGUCCCUGUGGGUGUUUUGUGUAUUUGGUUGCCUGCAUGGAUUGUGGGUGCGACUUUGGUGGCCAGCUCUUGGUUUACAACGACAGAGACGACACAAAGUCCGCCAGACGUCAAGAAGGUGUCAUCAAAAUAA